CUCAAUUUAAGAAGAACUCCAAACGACUCAGUGGUCGCUGUCCUAUUCAGGUGAAAGAUCCAAAGACACCCAAUAUGAGUCUGCAUGAGAAAGACAGGAAAGUCCUGAAUGCACUGUGGGCCAAAAUCUCCAAGAAAGCUAAUAUUAUAGGGGCUGAUGCGGUGUUCAGAAUGCUUACCGUCUACCCACAAACCAAGACCUACUUUGCGCACUGGACAGACCUGAGCUCCAAAUCUGCUUCCGUGAGAAAACACGGAAGACUUGUGAUGGGUGGCGUCGGUCUGGCGAUGGACAACCUGACAAACCUGACUGAGGGCCUGCUGACACUCAGCGGGCUGCACGCCUUUAUGUCGAGAGUGGACCCGGCCAACUUCAAGAUUCUUGCCCACUGCAUCAUGGUGUCGAUUGCCAUCUUGUACCCUCAGGACUUCACCCCUCAGGCCCACGUCUCUCUUGACAAAUUCAUGGCUAACCUGGCUCUGGCUCUGUCUGAGAAAUACCGCUAAACUGAAGAGGAAUGGUCAAAUACA